CAGAGGGCUAUCUUUCUAAGCAGCCAUGCUACUCGCACUGUCGAGAGACUUAUUCAAGACAUGCCACCAGUAAAGGAGGCUCUUCCUGACCUGGAGCAGCAUGCUGAACAUGGCAGUGAUUGAUGACCCCAGGGAGGCUUUCAGCUCCCUGCGGCCGGUGUGCGUGCUUCUGACACGAGAGCCCACGGUGCGCAAUGUGGAGCUCCUGCGCACCCAGCUGCAGGGGCUCAGCGACUCCGCCCUGCAACAGCUGCAGGAGUACAUCCUCUUCCCUCUGCGCUUCGCCCUCAAGACCCCUGGCCCCAAAAAGGACAGCCAGGUUCUGGCUGUGGUGGAGUGCAUCGCUCACGUCCUCUCCAGCACGUGUGUACAGAGCUGGGAACUGCUCCGGGACCUCUUCUCUGAGCUCUGCGUCUGUCUUUGCUCCCCCUUGAACCCCGGAAAGCCAGCCCUGGUGUCGGAGGAAUUGAAGACGGCCGUCGUGCAGGCUCUUGAUGCGCUGCUGCACGCAGCCUAUGGUGACAUUGUUCUCCAUUUGUAUGAGCCCCCCAUGAUGCCUGCGUUAGGACUUGCCAUUUCUUUGUUGUUAGAACUAGGCGAGCAUGAAAAGUCAAGGAAGCUGCAGACGGCAGCCUUGAAGUGUCUCCAGGUUUUGCUUCUGCAGUGCGACUGCCCGCAGCUUCACAGGUCAAUGAAAGAGGAGGAGGAAAGGAUGCUUGCAAGGACCUUUGCCUCCUUCUUACCAGGGAUCACUCAAGGCCUGUCCAGGGUUGUUACUGGGGAUGUUAAACAAGGCCAUGCAGUGACAGUAAGUGCUAUGAGAGUUUGGUUCAAAGCUGUAGGCCUGGUAAUGGAUGAAAAGCAGCUUUCAGAGGAGAAGGUCAAGGAGAAGCCUGUGGUUGAGCUCGGUAGAGUUGGGGAACUCAUGGUAAAGAGGACCAAGGAAUGGGUGAAAGACACAGGAAGCAAGCUGGUUAUUCUUUUAAAAAAGAUGCUUGGUUGUUCUUUAGGCCACCAGCAUUGGAAAGUUAGAAUGGAAGUGGUUGAACUCUCAGGCUAUCUCCUAUCCAGGUGUCAUGGGACCCUAGUGGACUCUAUCAGUCCCCUUUUGGAGGCUUUAGUUGGUCUGGUGAAUGACGAGAGCUCAGAGGUCAGGGCUAGAUGUGAUGAGGUGUUGAAGUCCAUGGCUGAAGAGAACCUGAUUGGUAGAAACCGGGCAUUUAUCGAUAUUUUGUCCGAAAAUCUGCACUCUUUAACCACCUCCUUGCCGCGACUGAUGAGGACCGCAGACGACCAGGACAAACUGUCCACGCUGAACCUCUUCUUGGGCUAUCUGAAGAUUCUGGGGCCAAGAGUAUCGGCUGUUUUGAAUUCAGCCCCUCACCUCCAACGCAUCUCUAAAGCACUGAUGCAGGUUUUAGAGAUGGACGUGACCGAUGUCAGGAUAGUGGAAGAACGUUGUUUUCACAGUGAAUCCCCCAGCGAGCAACAUACUGAACUUCUAGUAAUGGCGACUCAGAAAAAGUACUUCCGAUACUUUACAGACGAGAGGAUAUUUGCAUUGCUCCGACAACUCUGCAGGGUGCUUGGCUACUAUGGAGACCUCUACCUGUUGGUGGACCACUUUGUGGACCUGUAUCGUGAGUCAGUGGUCUAUAGAAAACAGGCUGCAUUGGUCCUCAACGAACUCAUUGCUGGUGCUGCUGGGAUCAAUUUGGAGACGUUGGUGGAACAAAAGGAUCUAGUAGGCCAAGAGAACUUGAAGGCAGCGGUUACGUCUGUUACUGAAGAAUACACAAGCCUGGUCAACUGGCAUUUAGUCACCACUAGUGUGGAGUCAGAGCAGGGAGAUAGCACUGCAUUUAGCCAGUCGAGGUUGCUCUCGAUCAGCGUAAGUGCGAACACUGAUUAUCUGAAAUCUUCAGCAGGCUUGAACCCAACAAUCGGUCUGAUGAAUAGCAAUAUCUGGCAGAUCUGUAUCCAGCUGGAAGGGAUUGGCUGUUUCGCACUUGCCCUAGGGCCACAGUUCCGUCUGCUCUUGAUCACAGCCUUGUACCCCGUGCUGGAAAAAGCAGGGGAUGAAACCCUGCUGAUUAGCCAGGCAGCUUUGGGAGCCAUGAGGGACAUCUGCAAAGGCUGCGGCUAUAACUCUCUGAAAGACCUCAUCAACCAGAACUCGGACUAUCUGGUGAAUGAUAUUUCCUUGAACCUGCAGAGGCUGAGCCAGCACCCGAACACUCCCCGGGUUCUCAGCGUGAUGAUCAGCAACUCGGAUGCCAGCCUGCUUCCGCUGGUGGUGGAUGUCGUUCAAGACGUGCUGAUGGCCUUGGACCACUGUUAUGACGAGAGGGCACCCGUAUUCUGUGUAGUUUUACAUUCACUUAUAGGGGCAUUCGUACGGUGGUUCCCAUCUGAGACGAGCAACAGGAAUGAAUGCAGAAACCCGGGUGGAGAGAUGGACUUGGCAGAGGAGAUGACGAGGUUUCUCCUGGACUAUCACAGGCAGAGGCAGCUGGCAGAGGGCAACGCUGCAGAAGAGGAAGAGCUGGAGGAUACAGAAAUGCCGCCCUCGGCUCCGGAGCCUGAUGAUAGUGAGGAAGGUCCUGCCGUGAAACCUGAACUGCCCCCUCACAUCAGUAUUGCCAAGGAGGUGAUGGAGAGGUGCAUCCACCUCCUGUCAGACAAGAGUCUGCGUCUCCGGCUCAAGGUUCUGGACGUGCUGGAGCUGUGUGUGACAGUGCUGCAAAGCCACAAGAAUGAACUGCUCCCUAUGGCUCACCGCGCGUGGCCCCCGCUUGUGCAGAGACUGACUAAUGAUGAUCCACUGGCGGUGCUCAGAGCUUUCAAGGUGUUGUGUACUCUUGGGGAGACGUGUGGGGAUUUCCUCAGAAGGAGGGUGUCUAAAGAUGUGCUCCCCAGAUUGACAGGCUCUCUGGUAAAGCAGGCUCCAGUGAGUGCCAAGGCCGGGCCCGUCUACACCCACACCCUGGCCUACAAGUUGCAGCUGGCAGUCCUGCAGGGGCUGGGGGCUCUGUGCUGCCGACUGGACUUGGCGGAUGCUGAAUUUGAUGUUGUCUCAGAUGCCUGCCUGCCCUAUCUCAGCUGCAGACAGCCUCCUAAACUGCAAGAGGCCUGUGUUAGUGUUUUCCAGCAUCUAAUCCAGGUUGACCCGGACUCAGUCUGGCUCACCCUGAACGAACUUUAUUGCCCAAACUCGUAUGAACCAAAGCACUCGAGUCUGCAUGAGGUCCAGCUGAGCGGCAUGGGGAUACAGAGGAACGAGUUCACCGAGAACAUCCUGAAGCUACUGGAGGAGAUGCAGUGAAUC